CGCUACGGGAGCCGGAAUGAGACAGUCGUUGAGUUCUGCAGUAAGUGCUGCUUCUCUGUCAGUCCGAGACAAAUGUGUUCAGCAACAUAACGUCUUCUCCCUUGAAAAGGCAGACGAAGAUCUCCACUGAUGUUGACUGGAUGUAGAAAUCUCCCUCUGACUUCUUUAUCACACAUUAACAGAAGACUCUGGACCAGGAAGAGUUUCAAACCACUUCCUGCUCUUUGCUCUGUCCGUCCAUCUCUCCCUUCAUCUACUCACAGUCACUUCAUAACCACCAGACAAACCUUAGUUCAUCCACCUGUUAGCGUCUCUUCCACUCGCUGCCUCAGUUAUUCUCCUUGCACCGGCCUGAUGGAGUUAAAGGAAGUUCUGCAGGUGUUGGAGCAGCUUGCUCCUUUGUCUCUUGCCGAGUCGUGGGAUAACGUCGGCUUGCUGGUGGAGCCGAGCAAACCUCGGCCCGUUAGAACCAUCCUGCUCACCAACGACCUUACAGCGGCUGUCAUGGAGGAAGCAGAGGCCGCGAGCUGCGACCUCAUUAUUUCAUACCACCCGCCGCUGUUUCGGCCAAUCAAGCGUCUGGUUCAGAAAGACUGGAAACAGCGAUUGGCCGUCCGGGCUGUGGAGGCGGGGAUAGCGAUCUUCUCGCCUCACACUUCCUGGGACAGCGUUAAAGGAGGAGUAAACGAUUGGCUGGUCGGGGGACUCGGCAGCGGUCAGGUGUCGGUGCUGAGCCAGGCCCUCAGUGGCGCCUCCCACUGUCACAAACUGGAGUUUGUGGUCAGGAGCACAGAGGAGCUAAACACUGUUAUGGAGGAACUGAAGGCCUGUGAUGGAGGAACAACACUGCAGCAUUCAGCCAGCAGACCAGACAACAGUGGAAUCCAUGUCAGCAUAACCUGCAGUGACUCAGCACUGACAUCGAGUGUCCAGACUCUGUUACGACACAACGCUCCAAGCCAGUCAUUCAGCAUCCUGAAUCUUGAGAAGCCUCCUCUUCCGGGCCAUGGCCAGGGGCGACUCAGUGUUUUGGAUGAGCCAGUAACCGUGGCAACAGCAGUUCAGAAAAUGAAGUCCCACUUGGGUUUGAAUCACCUCCGUUUGGCUCUGGGUUCAGGGCAGACGAUGGAGUCUUCUUUGUGCACUGUGGCUGUAUGUGCCGGAUCUGGGGCUUCAGUGUUGAAUGGAAUCAAAGCUGAUCUCUACGUCACAGGCGAGAUGUCCCACCAUGAAGUGCUGGACGCUGUGGCGAAAGGAACCAGCGUCAUCCUCAGUGACCACAGCAACAGUGAGCGAGGUUUCCUGACUGUUUUCAGAGAGAGGUUGGCUGUUCGUCUUCCUGAUGGUGUAACGGUGGUGGUGUCGAAGGCCGACAGAGACCCUCUGGAGGUCGUCUGACUGACUCUGAUCUGCAGCAGCACCAGUCAGCCUUCUUCACUGUUUUGAUCAGAUAGAACUGGGUGAUCCAAAUGUGCCACACUCUUUACGUAAAGCCAUCUAGUGACUGUGCAGUGGCAGCACUGUGUGUCUGAAAGAACAAACUGUGCCUCAUGCUGUGAUGGAAAGUGCAUCCUUGGUCCAUGUUGUGCAGUUUGUCGUGCGCUUCUGGCUGGGUCUUAAUAAAAAUGGGUUCUGGCUGAUCAAAA